AAUAGCUCAAGCUCCAACGUUCUUCAUUCUAUCUUUCUAUUCACAGCCGAUUUCUUAUCCGAGUCGUCCUCAAGGGAGAAGGGACAAACACAUCUUUCGAGAUGACUCAAUUACCGCCCCAGACGAUCCAUAGGGAUCCUCAGCUUUUUUACUGGAUCCUACUCCCGAUUACUGUUGUUAUGAUCUUAACUGGCGUCUUGCGAUACUAUGCCACCGUUCUCAUGCAAACACCCCCUAAACAGCUCGAUGAAAAGUCUUUGAAAGAACAGCGAUCCUUAAUGCAUGGUAUUGCCGUGCGCAGCAACUAUCAUGUCUUAUCUGCACCAUCCUUCCGCGCGCGACGGGACUACCUUACCAAUGCUUACGAGUCCGGCGCAUUUCUAAAAGACCCCGAUCGACGCGGCCAGCCUCCCCCUAACCCGAUGACCGACCCUGGUGCCAUGGAUGGCAUGAUGGGUAUGAUGAAGAACAAUAUGGCUAUGAUGAUUCCCAACACCUUGAUCAUGAGUUGGAUCAACGCUUUCUUCAGCGGUUUCGUCAUCAUUAAGCUGCCAUUCCCUAUUACUAUUAAGUUUAAGAGUAUGCUACAAGCUGGCGUUGCAACCAAGGAGAUGGAUCCCAGGUGGAUGUCGAGUAUCAGUUGGUACUUCUUAUGUUACUUUGGCCUGCAAUUCGUCUUCAACUUCUUGCUUGGUAACGAAAAUGCUGCGAAUCAGAUGGCCCAGCAGAUGGCGGGAAUGGGGGCUCAGAAUCCUCAAAUGUUCGGUCCCGGCGUUGACCCUGACAAGCAAUUUAAGACCGAAGCAGAAAACCUUGCAGUAGUCGAGCAUUACUCGAUUUUGGAUGACGUAGAGGAUCGAUUGCUCGAGGGUAUCAAGUCUAAAUAAACAGGACUGGGUAGUAGGUAGCUUAAUCAGCUAGACCUCAAUGCAAAUAGCUUUUCCA